AUAUUCAAAUUCCACCAAAUUGCCUGCAGCUGUUUGAUCAGAACACGUCUUUCUUGCAUUCACUUUUUUGAGUCGCGCGCCUAAUCGUCAUUAACACAUUCGCACCCUCAUACUCACACAUUCCAGCUUUUUACCUCGAUGGACCAGUCCUUAUUUGGCUCACAAAACGAGAACAACGAGAGCGAGAUCGUAGACUGGGCGCGUCUAGACCAAUGGCUGAAGUCGCUCUACGCACCCUCGCUUCCGCCACUGCUCGCCAAUCGAACGGUAGAGAUGCAGGGCCAUUUAAGCCAGCUCUUCCACAUUGACGCCUGCAUCCGCAAUGCCCACAGCAUUGUCCAUCGGCUGCAAUCCGAGGCCACCAACGAGUACCAGGCAUUAGCCAAGCAAACAUCCGACAUUCUCAGCCACGCCGGUCUCCCAUCCACCACCUCCGCCCUCCCACACCCCACAGCCAGCGCCCUCGCCGAAUUAUCCAAAACGGCCAGCAAUCUGGGACUCUCAGAUAUGCACCCGGAAUCUUUUGAACGGGCCAUAGCCGCAGCCACCAUCGACGGUUUCAAGCGCCAAACCCUAGUACACAAUCUCGUAGAGCAGACAGAAACAGUGCACAGGAAAACAAAAGAGUCGCGCGAGAGACAGAGACUAUUGCGGAAGCUUUUUGAGCAUCGAAAGGUUGCAGCCCCCGUGGAGCAGCAGAAGGCUAGGGAGUGGGUGAGGAACUCUCAGGUUAUAGCAGCCAAGACGCGGGAGUAUGAACGACGGCUGGAGGAGCUGGCUGGGAUGAGCGAGGAGAGAGGCAGGGUACGCGAAUACGCGGAGGUUAAGGCGUUGGAUGGUGAGGUUGGGAAGCUUGGGGCGGCCGUUAAGGGGAGGCAGCUAGCGCUGGACGGAUAUAAGGCGUUGCCGCCGGACAUUUCGCUGGCUUAUUUGAAGCUCGAGGAGGCCAAGAUGGCUUUGGGGCGCUUGCGGGUGGAGUGCGAAAACGCAGUGGCUGCUGCUUUUGGCUCCCGCUAAUUAUUACUCUGGUUUGGUCCGAUUGAUAGGAGUGGAGUGGAUUUGGGGAUGUUUCUGCUGCGCAAUUGAUCCAACCACUUUUUUCUUUCUGCAAUUUAAUUUU